UUGCCCCUUACUCCCGAAAACCAGGUGCAGAGUAUUACUGUGAAGGAGAGUGAACCGGAACGGCAAGAAACUCGAGCUCGCGCGGAUGAGAAUCGUCGUUAUGUGAUCGAGGCCACCAUUGUUCGUGUGAUGAAGGCACGCAAAACGCUUGGUCAUGGUCAAUUGGUAGUGGAGGUGAUCGAGCAAUUGAAAUCCCGUUUUGUUCCGACACCAGUUAUGAUUAAACAGCGGAUCGAAUCACUGAUUGAACGUGAAUUUCUUGCCCGUAUGGAGGAUGAUCGUCGUGUAUAUCGGUAUCUUGCCUGA